GCGACGCAAUGCUUUUGGAACUACUGUUGCUGCUAGUGACGACUAUAUGUCUGGCGGACUAUCUGUAUAGGAGACGGCAGAAUGGAUUCUUUGAGAAGGCUGGCAUACGUGGACCGCGCACCAUUCCAAUCUUGGGCAAUGGACAUAAUUUAAUUCGCGAGUCGCCAAAAACCGUCUUUGAUUUACAGCAGCGCCUGAUCAAUGAUUUCGGUAAGAAUAUACGCAUAUGGGUGCUCCACGAAAGCGGCUUCAUGACCGCCGAUGCUCGCAUGAUGGAGGCCAUACUGAGUAGUCAGCAGGUGAUCACCAAGGACAGCCUCUAUGACAUGCUUCAGAGUUGGCUUGGGACGGGCCUGUUGCUGAGCACUGGCAAAAAGUGGCAUACGCGUCGUAAGAUCAUCACGCCCACGUUUCAUUUCAAGAUUCUGGAGCAGUUUGUUGAGGUGUUUGAUCAGCAGAGUGCUGUAAUGGCAGAGCAACUAUACGAUCGCGCCGAUGGUAAAACGGUGGUCAAUCUGUUCCCUGCCACAUGCCUGGCGGCUUUAGACAUCAUAGCCGAGACGGCCAUGGGCGUGAAAAUCAAUGCGCAACGUCAACCAAAUUUUCCUUAUGUGCAAUCGGUUAACAUAGUAUCCAGCAUAACUGCCGAGCGCUUUAUGAAUCCCAUUCAGCGUCUGGAUGGAUGGAUGCGUGUUUUUUUCCCACGAGUCUAUCGCAAGCUGCAUGAGAACAUCAAGUCCAUGCAUGACUUCACUGAUGGGGUUAUUGAGGAACGACGCGAAGCUUUACAAAAAUCUAUAGCCGAUGGUACCCAUCAGGCAUCGCAAUCAAACGACGAUGCGGAUGUGGGCAGCAAACGACGCAUGGCUUUGCUCGACGUGCUGCUUCAGUCGACGGUGGGGGGCGAACCUUUAAGCAAUGAAGACAUACGCGAAGAGGUAGACACAUUCAUGUUUGAAGGUCACGAUACCACUACCAGUGGCAUUUCCUUCACUUUGUACCUGAUCGCACGGCAUCCGCAAGUGCAGGCGCAGCUUUUCCAGGAGAUACGCGAGGUCAUAGGUGAUGACAAGUCACGACCAGUGGGCAUGCGAGAGCUUAAUGAGCUGAAGUAUCUGGAGUGUGUAAUCAAAGAAUCGCUCAGACUAUAUCCUCCAGUACCAAUGAUUGGGAGGCGUGUCACUCAAGACGUAACGCUUGAUGGGAAAUUGAUACCGGCGAACACGAACAUAAUUCUGCUCACCUAUCACGCCUUGCGGGACCCGGAUUAUUUCCCAGAGCCGGAAAAGUUUAUUCCAGAGCGUUUCAGUGCCGAGCGCAAAGGUGAGAUCAAUCCCUUCGCCUAUACACCUUUCUCGGCAGGUCCGCGAAAUUGCAUUGGACAAAAGUUUGCCAUGCUGGAGAUGAAGAGCACUGUGAGCAAAAUCCUCAGACAUUUCGAACUCCUGCCUCUUGGUGAGGAAGUCCAGCCGCAAAUGAACCUGAUUUUGCGAUCCUCGACCGGCAUUAAUGCGGGCCUGAAGAAACGCGUUUACUAGUUGAUUAUUUGUUUAGAUUUGGUUGGGUAAUACUGCAAAACGUGUGAAAUGUAUGAAUAAAUUAAUAAUUAUUAAUAAUGUCCA